GCGCCCAUUGAAGCAGGUUUUAUAAUUUAUGAUAUCGCCACCACGUGUCGCUACUAUUUAGUAAGGUGACUACAGCCGCCAUUAUAUGUUUAGUAACAGCCGCUGAGCUGAUAAUUUUGAAAUUUCUAAUUUGUGUGCCUACGUCGUUUAUCCAACGGUUAUUGAGGUUCCUAAAGUAGUGCAAAAUGGUUGUAACGUGCGCAGUACCGAAAUGUAAAUCGUACAAAACCAAGAAAAAGAACGUGUCUAUGUUUAAAGUGCCGAGAGAUAUAGAGAUGCGAAAAAAAUGGAAAGCCGCUAUUCCUGGUGUAGUGGCUUUUAAAAAAACGCACACUAUUUGCGAGAAGCAUUUUGAAGCACAUUAUAUUAUCAGGAGCUACAUCAAACAUGAUGCAAAUGGAAAGGUUAUUGCAAACGUUCCAUUUCAGCGUCCUCGUCUACACAGUUCCGCUGUACCAACAAUAUUUGAUGACAAUACAUCUUCCAUCUAUAACAAAGUCGACAAAGUACCUGAACUGGUUCACCCUACGGAGAGUCAUCAGUCUAUUAUAGGAAAGAAAUGUGAUCGUUUCGAAGCCUGGAGCAAUGCAUUAAAAACGAAGAAAAUGACCUCUUAUAUGAGAGUGUGUUCACGGCAUUUCCAGAAAGAGGAUUAUAUACUGCCAGAUGUUGUUUCAAAAACGAGACGCUUGAAGACAACUGCUGUUCCAUCGUGCACGUUGCCAAGCAGUGCUACAAGAAAAACUCCAAGUGUAGCAGAAGCUGAUGAAGAACGACUCCAGAAACAAAUAAGGCGAAGGAUGCUGAAACAGAUGGAACAACGCAUGCAAGUCGAUCGUGACACUGAGAAUAAUGAAUCUACCGAUCCUCUAAAGUCUGUUCAACUUCCACCCGAUGUAACAACGUCUGAGAUCAAUACUGAAAUGAUACAUUGUCACCGAAUAAAGGAAGAACCAACGGAUACGAAUGAAGGACAGAUGGAAUCGUACACGGAGGAAGGCGUUUGCAGUGAAAAUAUUGAAUACUGCGAGGACAAUAAAAAUUUUCUUUUUAUUAACGUAGAUAAGAUGAAAAUCGAAACAGAGGAAUAUAAGGAAGAAGGCGCAUGUAAUGAAACCAUUGAAUAUUGCGAGAACAACAAGGAUUUGGUUUCCAUUAAUACAGUAGAUAAUACAGUAGAAAAAACAGAGGGCCAUGUGAAAAAAGAUAUGCAUAACCAAAGCAUUGAACAUUCUAACAAUAAGACCAAAAAUCUAGUUGACGGCACAUUAAACGCUGGAAAAAAUGGAAAAGGAUCUGAGGCCAAGAAGGAUAAGACUCAAGGAAAUAUCCUUACAGGUCGUUUCCCUGUAAAUUUUUCUUUUAUGUGGAGCGAGAUCCAUAGAACAUUUAAGGAACACACUCGUGUAGUUGAUUGUCAAUUCAAGUAUUGGAAGCUCGUAAAUUUUACUCAUCGCGGAUUACGCACGGAAUUUUAUUUCAAGUGUCAAAGAUGUCUCUACGAAGCGAGUGUUUGGUCGGAUCCCAUAAACUUUCAAGGUACAUACCGGCCGACGGCCGUUCGAGCGAUGAAAAGUUAAAUUCUUAGGACUAAAAAAA